AUGGAAAAGGAGGAUGCUGAUAUGUACGGUGAUAGUUCUGAAUUUAAGGUUUCACUUUAUAUUGGAGGAGAAGGAGCUACAGCCGAAAUUUCCUCCUCUUUUGUGAUUCUGUCUCUCAGUACUCUGGUAGUACUGGUAAUUCUGCUGGCCAACUGUGUCUCAUGCUGCAAAGACCCUGAGAUAGACUUCAAGGAAUUUGAAGAUAACUUCGAUGACGAGAUAGAUUUUACACCUCCAGCAGAAGAUACUCCGUCUGUUCAGUCUCCAGCAGAAGUCUUUACUCUUUCAGUUCCCAGUAUUACUGUACCAACUCCCUCCCAGUUCCCAUCUCGUACAGAUGGAUCCAAGUCUCAAGUUGCACGUCAGAGUCUAAACUACAUCCAGGAAAUUGGAAAUGGCUGGUUUGGAAAGGUUCUGCUCGGAGAGGUCUACACGGGCACUAGUGUUGCAAGGGUGAUAGUGAAGGAGCUGAAGGCGAGCGCAAGUCCCAAGGAGCAAGAACAGUUUUUAAGAAAUGGAGAACCGUAUUACAUUCUGCAGCAUCCAAAUGUUCUCCAGUGUAUUGGGCAAUGCGUGGAAGCCAUUCCUUAUCUCCUAGUUUUUGAGUUCUGUGACUUGGGUGACCUGAAAACGUACAUUUGCAAUGAGCAGGAGCACGUUAAAGGAGAUUCACUAAUAAUGCUGCUGCAGAGAAUGGCCUGCGAGAUUGCUGCUGGGCUUGCUGUGAUGCACAAACACAACUUUGUGCAUAGUGACUUGGCCUUACGGAACUGCUUUCUUACGUCUGAUUUAAAUGUCAAAGUGGGAGAUUAUGGUAUAGGAUUCAGUAGAUACAAGGAAGAUUAUAUUGAGACAGAUGAGAAGAAACUUAUUCCUCUCCGAUGGACUGCACCUGAGUUAGUAACAAGUUUUCAAGACAGACUGUUAUCAGCAGAGCAAAAUAAAUACAGUAACAUAUGGGCCCUGGGUGUCACGCUGUGGGAGCUGUUUGAGAACGCUGCUCGGCCUUACUCGGACUUCUCCGACAGGGAAGUCCUGACCCACGUCAUAAAGGAGAAGCAGGUUAAACUCUUCAAGCCACGGCUGGAGCAGCCAUACUCUGAUAGAUGGUAUGAAGUUCUGCAGUUCUGUUGGCUACCUCCGGAGAAGAGACCAACAGCAGAAGAAGUGCACAGACUCCUCACUUACCUUCGCAUGCAAAGCCAAAGGGACUCAGAGAUUGAUUUUGAGCAGCAGUGGAACGCUCUUAAACCAAACACCUCAAAUAGAGAAACAAAUAAUUCUGCAUUUCCAAUCUUAGAUCACUUUGCAGGAGAUAGACUUGGCCACGAGAUGGAGGAAGUUCUUACUGUAACUGAAACAAGCCAAGGUCUCAGCUUUGAAUACAUCUGGGAGGCAGCUAAACAUGACCAUUUUGAUGAGUGCAGUCAUGUGAAUCCUGAUGAAGCAAUGACGUAUACGAGUAUUUUCUUUCCAGUGGAGGUUUUUGAGAGGUCCCUGUCAGAGCAGGGGUCGGGAGCACAGGAUGGAAGUGGUCAAGAAGCAUCACUUGCUGUCCCUGGGGUGUUACCUGUGUUUGAUGCGCACAAGCUUUCUGUCGGAAAUGACUACUAUAUCCAGUUAGAGGAAAAAGGAAGUGGCUGCAGCAUGAAUUUUGAUAACCAGUCAGUUGUACUAACCACAGAAGUUGAUCAUCAAGAAGCUGUACAAGAAAAAAGUUCUCAUUUCACAGUUCUCAGGGAUCUUGACGUUGAAGAAUCUAGUACUGAUGGGGACUUCUUCCACUACAAUACAGAUCCUAAAGAGGAAUUGUUGCCUGCUGCUAGUAGUCCAGAAAGUCCUUUCCAGAAUAUCUUUAAUGACAUUGACAGAUCAGAAGAAUACAGAAAAUCAGAAGAAAACAGAAAAAUACUUCCUUUUGCUGAAACAAAUGAUAUUCCUAAAGACUUUAAACCAGUUGUUUUAAACUCAAACACAGAUGCUGGAAAGGCAGUAGGCCCUUCUGAGAAGGAGCAUGGUAGUUGUGCUUCUGAAAACGAAACAGUUUCUUUAUGUGAAAAUAUUUCAAACCGAUCUGACUCGGUAACUUUAGAAGAACUUUCUGAUAACUUCUUAUUUCUUCAAGAGAAAAACUUAUUAACAGGGUUGUUGUCUAACAAAACCAGCAGUGAUGUGGGGCAAAACACAGAAGAUGUUCUGAAAAGUAUAUUAGAAACCUCAAAUAGAAACUCUGUAGAGCCUGAGCCCACGUUGGCUGAAAACGCACAGGUCUUUUCUUUAAUCCAUGAAAGUCUUAGAACAGUGAAAGAUGAAAAUUUUAACCCCGUGAUGAUAAAUAAAGAUCCGAGUUCUCGGUCUCAGAAUACCAUAGAGAUGCAGGUGUCCUCUAGUCCAUCUGCAGCACAUAAGUCAUGUGAUAGAAGUGCAAAUCUUCAUUAUUUGAAGGAUGAGGGAAAAGUUUUAAAUGCGGAGGUCAAUGAAGUUGUGUCCUGUAACAUUGAUAUGCUCUGUCAAGAAGACCUCUCCAAUAAUGCCAAAAAUAAUAAUGUUGGAAACAACCCAUGUUACGGUGUUGCUGUUGGAGCAGCUGAGAGUGCUGCACAGGUGAAACAGGGAAUGCUUUUCAAGUCUGAGGAAAUAACUUUUAAUAGAGGAGAAUGUCAUGAUCAGGAAGAUAUGAAAAGAAACUUGCAAGAUAAGUCUCCCAUAUUAAAAAAAGGUAAAUGUUUAUUGGAGGAAAACCAAGAAACAUCAAAUCAUUUUGAGAACUUUAAGGAUGUUCCAGGGGAGGUGACCUUAAUUUCUGUUGCUAUGUCAGAUAGUGCGAGCCAGGACAGUCUUUUGGAAGACAGCCCAUCCCCAAUACAGACUGUAGAAGCCUUAGAGACACCCGAUUCUUUGGAUUCUUUAGAUGUAAAUGAGGUUUUAGAAUCUUUGCAGGCUCAAAGCCCUCAGAAACUUUUGCCUCCUGAUAAACCUGCUGACAGUGGCUAUGAAACUGAGAACCUGGAAUCUCCAGAAUGGACUUCCCAUGUCACUGCUGAGGAUGCUUCUAGUGUGGAUACUGCUCUCAAUGUUGUCGGCGAGAGCAGCGACAGUGCUUCGCCUUCGAACCCAGUCAUCAUUGUUUCCGAGGCGGCCGCUUGUUUAGAUGCAGCAAACAGCAAUUUUGAAGUAACCCCAAAGGUUCUUCUGGGUGGGAGUCAGAACUCGUAUAGAGACUCUGCUUAUUUCUCUGACAAUGACUCUGAGCCAGAUAAAAAAACAGAGGAGACUGUAAAUCUGUCAAGAGAGGCUGCAUGUGGUGAUUCUUCAAAUGGAAGAGAGAAUAAUGCUGAAGAGGGUUACAGUUUUGAAGAGAGACAGCAGAAGUGUGAUGUAAAGAAUUACCAGGAUAUCAAUAAUCAAAAUGCAAAACUAGAACUAAAUCACAACUUGAAGAUGCGAGAGGUGGAUGUAAGGAUGCAGGGAUGUCCUGAUGAGUGGGCUGAGGCAGCUCUGAAUUCCCUGGAAAUAGUGAUGGAAAGGGAUGGAAUAGAAGUGUCUGAGACUUCCCAUAAAAGUGUCUCUUGUGUUGGCACUAAUACUUCAGAACUUCUGUCACACAGAGACUUACAGUCUGUGCAUAACGUACACAGCCCUUUGGACCUGAGCAGCAGUGAGAAGUCCUUCUAUCACGUUGAAGGACAAAAGCUGAAAGAGCCGGAUAUCGAAGGGAAAUACCUUGGCAAACUUGAUGUUUCUGGAAUGCUUGAUUUAGAAGACGGUGAUGAUGCAGAUGAGGAAGAUGAGAACAGUGAUUCUGAGGAUGACAUGAGGACUUUCCAUAUGCAUAGUCUGAGUUCUGACAGCGAAGAUGAAACUGUUCAUCAGGUACCUGAGAUACUCACUGACAAAGAUGAUGGAAAACACCUGAGGAGCUUGUUGAAACUUUCAAAACCUCUUGAUGAAAGGCAACGCGAGCAUUGGAAAAACGAGAAAAAGGCUGUAACAUUCUUUGAUGAUGUGACAGUCUAUUUGUUUGAUCAGGAAAUGCCAACCAAGGAGCUGGGGAACCGGGCAGCAGAGGUGAACGGCGAAGGCUCCUGCAGCACUCCUGUUCCAUCCUCCAGUCUCAGUUACUUAAACAGAUUUGGAAAUUCAGAAAGCUCAACGGAUGAAGAAGGUGGGGGUUUUGAAUGGGACGAUGACUUCUCUUCUCCAGAGCCAACCUUUCUGUCAAAGGCAGCUAAUAGUCUUCUUGGUUCUAAAGCACCUCUUCAGCCAUCCAAGUACUUCUCUCCCCCGCCGCCUUCCCGGACUCUGGAUCAGAGCUGGUCCCACUCCUCCCCGUAUUCCCGGUUCUCCAUCUCUCCCGCAAACAUGGCCAGCUUUUCUCUCACGCAUCUUACAGACUCGGAUAUAGAGCAAGGAGGGAGCAGUGAAGAUGGAGAAAAAGAUUAAAUGAAUUAAAACUUCCUUGGACUACACACGUAAAACACACAGACUUUGUCUGAAACUUCUUUAUCUAAACUCUGGAUCCCCCCAGAGUAACACAGGUAAUCAAGAAGUCUGAAGAAAUGAAAGUAAACACUGAAAGCAAUGUUAAAUCAGGACAUUAAUUUGAAUGUGUAUUUAACUUUGUAAUGUAUUUUUAAAUCAGUGCAAUUUUGCUUUUCAUUGAAAGAUGAUUCUGCCGCUGUUUUCAAGUACUUGAAGUAUUUUUCAGAUAACUUAAGAAACAAGUAAAGCAAUUACACUACAGUCUGGUUUAUGUAUGAGAUUGUAUAAUAUUCUUUUUAUAUUUUUCCAUGUAGCUCCUUACUGUUUGAACAUGCCCCUGUCAUAGAGCUGUGUAGAGCUGUGCUGUGCAGCCGGUGGCCGUGUUGCUGAAGCUGUACGAAUGGUAGUUGAUCAGUAGUGAGCCAUAUUUAUUCCAAAAGAUAUCACUACAUAUUACUUUGCUUAUUACAAUUGCACUAUGGGUUACUCUUCCUUUAUUUCCGAUGAUGUACAGAAUCAAAAUCUUAAAUCUGUCGAGGAAAAGAAGACAAGUUGAAUUGGCCCAGUUAUCCAGUUUGAUUUGUCCUUUUUGUAGCCUUUGCUAUGCACGGUACUUGUAAAACGUACAUAACUUCUGAGUGUUACGUUAGACUUGCUGAAAUCUUAUAUUCAGUACCAUUUCUAAAUGAUAAUUAUUAUAGAUUGAUUGUUAGUGUUCAUGUUUUAUAGGAAACUGGAAAAGAAUAUAUGAUGUAUUCUGGAAUUUUUAGAUGAAAGAGGUAAUAUCUCUAAAUUCCUGAAUAUGAUCCUGCUGACUGCUUAAACUGUAAUAGCAUCUGACUAUAUCAUGACUAAGGGCCUUCCACUUUAUACUACAAUUUCUGCCUUGGAGAAAGAAGAGGAAAAAUUGGCUGUACAAAACUGGAAUUUAUGAACCUUACUAAAAGACUGAUUUCCAUAGGCUGGGUUUGGGCACUUGGGCCUUUGGUUGUCCGUUCAGUGGAUUUGGAAGGUGACUCUUGUGCUGGCUGCAGUGGGGGCUGCCAUCCAGAGGCCUGGGGUAAAUCUACCUCGCGGUGACAUUAAGACAAUGAAGAAUUAGGUUAAUGGUUAAUGCCCAGUUUUGCACCCUUUAUAAAGCCAGGCCUAUUUUAAGAUGCCUGCAAGGCUCCACAGAACAUCCUGAAAUGCAAAGUGACCGAAAGAUGCUCUGAAACAUCUCUGGGGAAGGGAGUACAACGUGGGGUUUUUAACCUUUACUCCACCACACAUUUAGCUUGUUUAACGCUUGUACUACGUGGGAAUAAAUAAUCCUUAAUUACCACUCCAAAGUGAUUCUGUUGAGAAACAAAUCCCUGACCUCUUGGAAUGCCUUAUGCAACUGUGGGUCUGCAGGAAACGCGGACAGGGAGAGUUUACCUGGCUUUGUAUUUUAGUAUACUGAACUAUAAAUGUACUGAAACACUAAGGACUUUGUAUUUUAGUGGCUGUUCUGGCAGGGCCUCAGUAUCGUGGUGUUCCCAUCCCAUCACCAGAGAAUUGUCAUCACAUGAAGUAUGGGAGGACUAGGUAUUUUCAGAUGUCUAAAGUUUGUUUUUGUAUACCUCUAUAUGCGUUUUGCUUUUUUUUUAAGUGUGUUUUAAAAUGACAGGAAUAUGGUAAAUUUUUUUUCCAAUGUUAUUUAGCCCUUAACCAGAAUGGUUUCCAUACCGAUCAAAAGGGAAUGACUUAGUGUUCGUGUAUUUAAAGUUGCCAAUGUGUUGCUGAGGUGAGUUUCUGAGGAGGCACUCGGGUUCAGAGUUGGUCAGUUCUGCAGUAUGAAGUGAGGAACUGAAUUUUUUGCGGACUUUCCCCAAAACAUGAUUUAAGAGGUAAAGCCAAAUAGUUCAUAAUCCAGGCUUACAGUAUGUACUGUAGAGGGUUUAAGGAAGCUGUGCGCUACUCUCGAUAUUUUAAAAUACAGAUGAUAAACUUUGUGUACAAAGUACUGCUUAGAAAUUCCACAAUUCCAAUGCUAAACUCCCCCAUACAGUGAGAUGAAGCAUCUCCUCUGUCUUCUCUAAUUCCCACCAUGGUAAGAACGGAACUCCGGAAUGAUCCGCACGGGAUGUGGGGGCUUCUCUGCCUCCAUGGUGACCAGGCUGCUGUCUCACACCUGGAGUUCAGCCUUAAUUUCCAAUCAUUUGAUUUAAAAUAUAGACCAAGGCUAAAUAAAAGCUUCUCUCCAGAGUGUUGCAGUUCAGUUGUGCAUUUUGUUUCUCACAUUCUGGAACAUCACGUUUAUCUUGCACAUCAGGAGUUCCUGUUGCUUGAUGGGAAUCUAAGAUUUUUACUCCUUACCUGGGUUUAAAGCAAUCCUUACUUAGGAAGUGAAAGUUUCCUCCUUUGUCCGAACGGACUCAUUGCUAAUGAAUUGCCAAAGGAGCACCUUUUCCAAAAUGAGCUGGGAUGUGUAUGAUACUGAGCAAGGUAAUGUCCUUUUUAGCUGGACAAUGAAGAGAAAGAAAUAUUUAAAGUUGACUCAUCUCACUUAAACGAUGAAUUUUAAUUUCAGUAAUCCAGUAGGCUGAAUUGCAAUAAUACAAAAGGCUUUUUUGGAAAAAUUACUAGUUAAAAAUCUGAUCAACUACUAGCAAUACUGAACUAUCUGCCGAGCAGUCAGUGACACAGUGGAGACGAGUCGGUGACUCCAUCGUGUUACGUGAUAAGGGGAUUUGUUACAAACCAUUCACUACAGGACAUGUGAUUUCUUGCACUAGCUACUCAAGCGUGGUUUCCGUUUCAGAAGUACAUGUAUCUAUUUUCAGUGGUUUAUUAUGAGGCCUGGUUCUGUUUUAAUUCCUUCUCUAGUAGAAUACCUUGAUUAUUUGAAUAACAAAGGCAUUGUCUCAAUCUGGCCACUACAGUUAUUUCCAAGGUCUGGUUUUCCCACCCGUGGGGUGUGUUUGACAGCGAGGGGCCGUGGUGGGACGAGAGGAGCCCCCAGUCGUGGGGGGGGCCUGGUGCUCCCCAAACCCCCGCUGCGACUGCCCUUCUGGGAAUGAGCCCAUUCAACAUUUUCUCAUAUCCUUGUUGGUGCACUAAUGAAAGCCAUUUAAGCCUCAUUCUUUUUAUCAGUAUUUUUAGCAAAUUUUUAUGUAGUACUCAAUCUUUUUUCAUGAGGAGGCUGGUUGGUAGAAAGACUUUUUUCUUUUUUUUGCUAUGACUAAGCACUAGGCUAAGUGGUCAGUGUUGCCAGGUGUUAGCCACAUGGCUAGUUUUGUGGGGGUUGGCAAAAGGUGGAAUCCAAGUAUAUAUUAGCCUUAUAAGAAAUAGCCUUAAAUAAGAGUGGAGUACGCAAAAUUACUUCAGCUUUAAGUCAUACAGAAAUAUCCUUGUAUGUUAUUGGUUUUAGUAGGAGACUGGAAAAAAUCUAGAGGGGAGUCAAACAUCAUAUAAACUUAUUGAAAAUAAGUAUUUGUAAUACCAGCAGCCUGUUUUUCAGAAACUUGAAUAUGACUUACAGUUUUGUUUAUGACAUUGUUUGAACUUGCACAGAUGUAGGUGUAACUUAAAUGAUAAAUGGUACUGAUGUGUGUGUAUAUAUAAUGUUUAAUUCUAUUUGUAAAUGAGAAACUAUGUAACAAAAUCAUAGGUAUGAGGUUUUCCUAUUGUAAUUUAAUACAGGUAUGAGGUUUAUGGCAAUAUAUCAUAGUUAAUGAAAUUUCAGGUCAAAAUGUCUUUAAAUUGUGUACAUUUUUAAAUUGUAAUUUCUACUGUAUAUUGAUUAUCAUGCAUAGUGUGAUUCAAGAAUCUGCUUGUAAUUUAAAAAUAUUUAAUAUUAAAAAUAAAAUACAGUUAUAUAUUUAUAA